AUGCUCAGAGCACGCUUUACGUCUGCAGUCGUCUCUACACGACUUUCUUCAAGAGUAUUCGCUUCCAGCUGGGCUGGUGUUCCAGCCGGCCCACCGGAUCCCAUUCUCGGCGUCACCGAGGCGUACAAACGAUCUACACAUCCAAAGAAGAUGAACGUGGGCGUUGGCGCAUAUCGCGACGACAAUGGCAAGCCGUACAUUCUGCCAUCCGUGAAACAAGCGGAGGAGUCGCUUGCUGGCAAAUUCGACAAAGAGUAUCUUCCAAUCAGUGGACUCUCAGAGUUUACUUCCUUGGCUGCAAAACUUGCCUAUGGUGCAGACUCGCCUCUCGUUAAAGAAGGCAAGAUUGCCAUCACUCAAUCAAUAUCCGGCACGGGUGCUCUUCGCAUUGGCGGCGCAUUCUUCCAACGUCAUUAUCCUGGCGUAAAGGCCAUCUAUCUUCCUACGCCUACUUGGGGAAAUCACAUUCCCAUCUUCAAAGACUCUGGUCUCGAGGUUCGUCGCUACCGAUAUUUCACCCCAGGCGAGGCAGUUGGCUUGGACUGGGCCGGAGUGGUUGAAGACUUGAAGAACGCAGAAGAGGGUGCCAUCGUUCUUCUCCACGCCUGUGCACACAACCCUACCGGCAUCGACCCUACACCCGAGCAAUGGAAGCAACUUUCUGAAGUCAUCAAGUCCAAGAAGCUCUUCCCCUUCUUCGACAUGGCAUACCAAGGAUUCGCUUCUGGUGACACCACAAAGGAUGCAUUUGCACCACGCUACUUUAUUGAGCAAGGCCACCAAAUCGCUCUUUGCCAAAGCUUCGCCAAGAAUAUGGGCUUGUACGGCGAGCGCGUUGGUGCAUUCUCGUUAACUGCGUCCUCGGCAGAGGAAAAGGCGAGAAUCGAGAGUCAGAUCAAGAUUCUCGUCCGUCCCAUGUACUCUAACCCACCCGUUCAUGGCGCCCGCAUUGCCGCUGCCAUUCUCGGUGAUCCAAAGCUCAAUGCCCAAUGGGAGGGUGAGGUCAAGGGAAUGGCUGACCGCAUCAUUGAAAUGAGGAAUGUCCUCUAUGACAAGCUUACCCAUGAACUCAAGACUCCAGGAGACUGGAGCCACAUCAAGAGCCAGAUUGGCAUGUUCAGCUUCACGGGCUUAAAGCCAGAACAAACCAAGGCACUCGCCGAAAAGGCUCACAUCUACAUGACUGCCGACGGACGUAUCUCAAUGGCUGGACUCAACAGCCACAAUAUUGGCUACUUUGCCGAACCUAGGGAUCGUAUAACCAACUUUCCACCAAUGUUCUCAAUUAUCAUCUCCGCUGUUCUUCUCGCCACAGGCGCCUCCAACGUUGCUGCUGCACCUCAGGCAUCGGGAACUCUUCUCCCUCUCCCUACCAUUUGCACCAUUCCAACCUAUGGGCCGUUCAAGCUCUAUGCAACGAGAACGAAUUUGUCUCCCAAAGCAGUUUACGAAGUUCGUCUCCGUGCUGAUGGGACUACACUGCCAAUCACCUCGACGAUGGUCGUCAAUACCAACUCGUCAUGCACAAACUGUGGCGUCAUUCCAGACUACUGGCAGCUUAAGGAUAUGAACCUCAUCCCGGUUGAUACCUCACUUCCAAGGGGUGUCUCUACUAUCAACGACAAAGUGCCCGACCAUUCGGAGCUUCAUUUCAUCACGAGCAAGGAUUAUUUGCCAUCCUAUCCUAUCUAUUGCGCCGUUCAGGCGAGCGAGAAGGCCCUCCCUGUCCUGUCGGUUCAUGGAAGCUCGACUCUCUUUACAAUGUGCGCAUUUACGUCGGUGUAUCCUCCGCAAAAACAAUUUGCGAUCACCUACGACCGUUCAAAUGUGCAACCGGUUGGCGAGAGCUGCUAUCCUGUCACGCUCACGAUGGAACCUGCUGCAACCCCUCUCUAA